CUACACUGCCAAUGAUUCAAACAAUAAGAACAAAACUAUGAAUUUAUAUAUAUUCAAAAUGUGUUCUUAUCUUACCACAAUCUUAAAUUAAAUAAAUAGGAGGAACACUGGAUUCCAAUUUUAAGAUCCCAUUCGGCGUCCCACAAGAAGACAAUUUCUCAACUGUUGUCCAUUUCCUUCCACCCUCCUUAAUUAUAGUGUAAGAAGAAGUUCAAGUUCAAAAACUAUAUGAGAAUACCACAAACCCUCGGACUACAGCACCAGGCGAGUAAGCAGAAUGCGCAGUCCACGCAUCCUAGUAGUGCCUUAUCCAGUACAAGGCCAUGUGAUUCCUCUUAUGGAGCUCUCUAAAUGCUUAGCCAAGCAUGGCCUCAGAAUCACAUUUGUGAACACAGAAUAUAAUCAUCAGCUGAUCAAGAAUGCCUCAGAGGGCAAUAAUAUAGGGGAUGAUAUUCAUGUAGUUUCAGUCUCAGAUGGAAUCCAUUUUUCAGAGGAUAAGAAUAAGCCUGGGAAGUCAUCUGAAGCAAUCUUGAGGGUUAUGCCUGGCAAAGUAGAGGAGCUCAUUGAAGAAAUUAAUGCAUCAGGCAGUGAUAAGAUCGGCUGUAUCCUCGCUGAUCAGAGUUUCGGAUGGGCCUUGGAAAUUGCAGAAAAGAAGGGAAUUCGGCGAGCUGCCUUUUGUCCUGCAGCAGCUGCUCAAUUGGUCCUGGGAUUCAGCAUUCCAAAGCUGAUAGAAGAUGGAAUCAUAGAUGACCAUGGGACCCCAACAAAACAGCAGAUAAUUCAGAUUUCACCAACGAUGCCAGCCGUUAACACUGCCAACUUUGUGUGGGCCUGCCUUGGCAACAAGGAAGCACAGAAGAAUAUUUUUGGAUUGAUGGUUAGGAACAACAAAUCAGUAAAGUUGACAGACUGGCUGCUCUGCAACUCAACUUAUGACCUUGAGCCUGGAGCUUUUAACUUGGCUCCGCAGUUACUUCCUAUAGGCCCACUUUUAGCAAGCAACAGACAGGCAGAUUCAGUAGGAAAUUUCUGGCCAGAGGACACAACUUGUCUUGCAUGGCUUGAUCAGCAGCCACCGGAAUCUGUCAUCUAUGUUGCAUUUGGAAGUUUGGCCGUUCUUCAUCAAACCCAGUUUCAAGAAUUGGCUUUAGGAUUGGAACUUUGCAACAGACCAUUUCUGUGGGUGAUAAGGUCAGAUAUAAGGAAGGGGACAACCGAUGCCUUCCUCAAAGAAUUUCAAGACAGAGUAGGCACAAGGGGCAAGGUGGUUGAUUGGGCACCUCAACAGAAAGUUCUGGCUCAUCCAUCUGUUGCUUGUUUUGUGAGUCACUGUGGCUGGAACUCUACCAUAGAAGGUGUGAGCAAUGGGAUCCUUUUCUUGUGUUGGCCUUGCUUUGCUGACCAGUUCUUAAACCAGAGCUACAUUUGUGAUAUUUGGAAGAUUGGAUUAGGAUUUGAGAGAGAUGAAAAUGGGAGGAUUAUGCGAGGAGAAUUCAAGAAUAAGGUGGAGCAACUACUGAGUAAUGGGGAAUUUAAAGCAAGAGCUUUGGAACUCAAGGAAAUGGUCAUUAACAGUGCCAAAGAAACUGGUAGCUCUUACCAAAAUUUCAAGAAAUUUGUUGAAUGGCUGAAAGAGUAGCUAGUUUCUCCAGCCAUCCCUCAGAUACAUUGCCUUUUUUCCUGUGCUCAUAUCAUUAUUCUGCAUAAAUAAAGAAUUGGUAUUGAGAUUGAGAAAAAGAGCAAAAUUUCCACUUUGUUAUAUUUUUCAAUAAGUAUCAAAAUUUAUCAUACCAAUUAAGAAAUUCUAAUUGAUGUCAUCAUUAUAU